AGUUUGAGCUGCAGAUCUGAUCUACCAGGACACAUUUACCCAGACGUCUUAGGAUCAAUGGACGAAAUAUACGCAAACGUUGAACAUGUCAAGUCUGUUGAGUCAAGACGUUCAGUAGAUCAGACAGGUGUCAGGGACUCACACAGGAGACGUCAUGGAGCUGCUGUCGUGUGUCUGGGGCUGCUGAGUGUUUUCCUGGUGGCUGGGCUCAUUGGCCUCGGGCUCCACUAUCAUAACGUGGUACGUGGUGCAGCAGCAGAAACCUCAGCUGUCAAAGCCAACCUGAGCGAGCUUCUACAGACCAGUAAUGACAAACUGUCUUCAGUCACAGAAGAGAGAGACCAGUUGAACACCAGUCUCACUGCGAUGACAGAAGAGAGAGACCAGCUGAAGGCCAACCUCGCUGUAAUGGAGCAGAGAGACAGGAUGCUCAGACUGUCCAGACAGAACAAAGUUUGUCCUGCAGGAUGGAAGAAGUUUGGAUGUUCCUGUUAUCAUGUCUCCAGUCAGUCUGGGUCCUGGACAAAGGGAAGAGAAGAAUGCAGAAAGAGUGGAGCAGACCUGGUGGUGGUCGACAGCGCUGAGGAGCAGAAUUUUCUCACUAAAUUGACUAAACAGGAAAGCUGGAUUGGUUUGAGUGACUCAGACAAAGAGGGGACCUGGAAAUGGGUCGAUGGAAGUCCGCUGACUGUGACGUUCUGGGCUCAUAAUCAGCCUGAUAACGGCAACGGUGACCCACGAUACGGGGAAGAAGACUGUGUUAACAUCAGAAUGGAACACACAGAUAAAUGGAACGAUCUCUCAUGUGAAGCCUCACGACUGUGGAUCUGUGAAAAAGACCUUUAGAGCUUUGAUGGCUGAAGAAUGUCAUAGCCAAACACUGCAGCAAAGAAUUGGACUUCUAUACAUAGGUACUAAAAAACUAACACACAAGCAUAAGGAGGAAGAGAAAGAGAUAGAAAGAGUAGUGGUGGUUAUAUUUUUAAGUCAAAAAUGAAACAACAGCAACCUGUACAAUCUGCAAAAAAUAGAUGUUAUUAAAUACAGUGGCAACACCUCCAAUUUAUUUUAUAUAUUUACUAUUGAACUAUGUCUGUGUUUGAAUUAGUAUUAAUAAUAGUAUUAAUAAUACAAUUUAAUACAAAACAUGAAAUUGUAUUUAUAUUUUAUAAUGCAUUAAUUAUCAAAAAGUAUUGGUAUCUACAAUACUGGUCCAGUAUUUACUUGGUAUCGGAUCCAUACCAUAGCUUGCAGUAUCACCCACUGCAAAUAUAUGAGAUAUCAUUUAUGAAAGAAUUGCAAAUAAGACAAAAUCACUUUACACCCCUCCUCCUAUUUACAGCAUGGGUCCGUUCAUCUAGAGCCUAUAGACUGCUGAGUGAGAUCGUCAGAUCGUUUGUUAAAGCAGCAACGUCCUUGAUGUCAAGGAAGCAUGAAUCUAGCCAUUAGUAACGAAAAGAAAGGUUUAACAAAGCAAAGAGAAAAGGGCUAACAAUAACUUUUUAAACAAAAAUCUUUUAAUAAAAUUCUAAAAAGGAGGGACCACACAAGGUGUUUAUUUUCUUGCAAAUUUGCAAAGCUUCCUUUUUUUGCAGCAGCAACAUUUGAGAUUGUUCAACAUUCAAGUCUUUGUUUAAUAAAGUAAAUAUCAUAACAGCCCUUCUAGACCAGCACACGAGCGAGAGACAAGCUAGGUUAAUUGACUAACCGUACAGCUAACUCUAAUGCUAAUCCAUAGCUGAGAUUGUCUGUGACCUGUGGACUGCACAACCCCAAAUAGUUGUAUGAAUGCAGAGAGGCAAGAAGACUUCCUCUCUUUUUGGGUGCUCUCUUAGAGUACAAACCCCAUUUAUAUUUCACACUCUCCUCUCUCAGGGUGCAGCACAUAAAAAAAAAACGAGAACACAUUACAAACAGACAUAAACAAAAUGCUAAAUUAUUUUCACCAAAGUUCUAACAUUACUUAAAUCGUAACUUCAACUAUAACUACAAACACAAGAGCGGUUACUGUAUCCAUAAGCCUUAGUGGCUUAAAUUCUUGACUUUGGUGUGGCGAUCCUGGAUGUUUAUGCAAGGACAUCAUAAUAUAAAUAUAUAUUUCAUAGAUAAGUUGAGUGAUACACACUUGAGUGGUUAGGGAGCUUCACUCUGACCCUGGGAAUCCUGGUUUGAUACCUGAAACCUAGAACAAGACUUGUUAUAACAUGUGUUACUUUUCUUUAAUUUAAAUUAAACUGUUUUUGCUUUUUUGGGGCACAUUCAGCUCUGCUGAUUUUGCUUUGCAGAUCCAAUCAGCUAUAAUGUUGCAAGAAAUCAAGAUGAUUUCCUAUGUGCGUAUACUUAAGAUUGUCAAAAAUUACAAAAAUAAAAUGUUAAGGCAAAGUGCACAAUGUCUAGUGUUCUAAAUAAACUCGCAUUAACUAGUAAUUUUAACAUUUG